AUGAGGACCGGGCUAUCAAACCAGUCUUCUUCCUCCUCUUCCAUGCAUCAUUUAUCGCAAUCGGGGGUCAAACCCCCGGUAACUAAUAAGAAAGAGUGCGUACAAUGUAUAUUAGGGUUCUUGGCAUCCAAAGGGUUCCAGCCAUGCUCAGCAAAGGAUCUACUGCGAUCACCGCCAUUGCAGAUCCUGUUAGACAUUUGGAAUUUCCUUUUCAGGUUUUUGGACCCUAAUGCUCAUGUUACUAAGGAAAACAUGGUAGUGGAGGUACCAAAAUUCUUUAAAGAGUUCGGUUAUCCUCAUAUCAUGAAAACAUCGCAUCUGAGGACACCUACUGCAGAUCAUCAGUGGGAAGCUAAUCUAGUUGCUUUAUCAUGGCUCUGCAAGCUACUUUUGUAUGAGCAGGAGUGCUUUGGUAAACCAUUCGAUUGUGCAUCCAUGCACAAACGUCCCCUGCCAAUCGGUUGGAGCAAUUCCAACCAUGGGAAAGCAACUGUAUCUAAUACUAUGGUGGCACAUUUCGUCACUGAGCAGGCAACUAAGCACUUUGAGUUAUACUUGAGGGGCGAGGAGAACAGCGUCCAGCUUAUGAAAGAUUUCCAGGGAGCUAUAUCAGAUGUAAUAUUAGAUACUCAAGAUAGAGUUGAGACCAAGAUGGUUCAACUGGAAGAAUUACGCGAGAAAACGUUGCAGUUACAGGAAGAGUUGGAGGCUUUUGCACGCAAUAAGGAAUGGAUAAAAACAGCCAAUGUGGAACUCCAAUGUAUAGAGGAACUUACUGCAUCAUUACGUGGCGCCUGUCUCCAUGCGGUGGAAACCCUGAAGACGCACAAACAGGCGUUGCGUGACGAGGAGCAGGCUCUCGCAGCGCAAGAGGAGCAGAACCGUGAACUUGAACGGCUCAUUGAAAAGCAAGACAUAAAUAAGAAUGCACUUCGUGAACUUAAUCAGUCGAUAAGGACAUUGAAGGCAAGGAUUUCUGACACCAAUCGCAGAAUCAAGGAACUGGAGCAUGAGAUAUCCUCUACAGAAACUAAGAUACGAAUGAUGGAAGAGCAGGUCGUGAGAUCGCAGAAGUCGCUCGAAAGUACCCAUGAGUCCAUCAAGAACUUUUUGAUGAACAAUGGUCAAUACGCUGAACCGUGGCGUAACAUGGAGGUUUUGCGUGUGAAUGCGAGGGGUAUGCAUGAGAUCGAGAUUUUGGGAAUAUCACCAACCACAUACACUGGUGUUAUUGAUAGAGUUAUUAAUAAGGAUCGAGAUCUCAUGCGCAUGAGUAACGAAACCCGCACCGAGUUGGAGCAGUCUAAUCAACAAUUGGAGGAUAUGGGCAAUGCAAUAGCAAAGGAGAUAUCAGACACUCUAAGGGAGAUAUCAUCACUUUUUCAAAUGCAGUUGCGCGAGGAGAAGGAGUCUUGUUUGCAACAGGAAGCAACUCAGGUGGCCGAUGCCAUUCGUACAGCCGCUAAGGAUGAACUGGAUCGCGUUAAACGUGACUUGGAAGCUGCCGAAGAGGCUGUUAAUGAAGCCCAUGCCCGUCUGAGGCAGCAGGAUACAAGCGCCCAAUCAGCUUGGAAGGAGGUGGUGGAACGUUAUAAGGAGAUGUGGCGCACGGCCCGUAGUGCCAAAGCGUCUAACCUCCAAUCUAUGCGAGAGUGA